AUGGUCUCUGACGAAGCUGCCGCCCUGGACGCGAAAUACGAGUGCCAUGCUGACGAGUUUACCUUUCCAACUUUCCAGUCAAUGGGAUUGGAUGGCCCGGCCGACCAGAAAGUGACAUAUCUCUGCGGGAACUCGCUCGGACUUAUGCCCAAAAACCUCCCACAGGCGGUCAAUGCUGAGCUGGACGCGUGGGCUGCCCGUGCUGUGGAGUCGCAUUUCAGACACCCGCACGAAAGUACCGGGGGAGUUCCGUGGAUGGAUAUCGAUCUGCCCGUGGUUCCUCUGCUGGCACCAGUGGUUGGUGCGAAACCAAGCGAGGUGGCGUGUAUGGGAACGCUGACGAUGAAUCUAAACUCACUCUUGUGUGCUUUUUAUAGGCCCACCAAACUAAAGUACAAAAUUGUGUUUGAGAAAGGCGCGUUUCCAUCUGAUUACUAUGCUUUUCUCAACAUGGUCAAAUUACAUGGCUUCACGGACUCCGCCUUGAUCCAGCUCGAACCGAGACCUAAUGAGUUCACUCUGCGGACAGAAGACAUCCUCAAGACGAUUGAAGACCAAAGCGACAGCAUUGCGCUCGUUUGCUUGCCGGGAAUCCAGUAUUACACCGGACAGUAUUUCGAGAUCGAAAAGAUUACAGCCUUUGCUCACGCAAAAGAUUGUGUGGUUGGCUGGGAUCUUGCGCACGCGGUUGGCAAUGUGGACCUAAAAUUGCACGACUGGGACGUGGAUUUUGCUGCCUGGUGUUCGUACAAGUACCUCAAUUCGGGGCCCGGUGCAAUUGGUGGCAUCUUUGUUCAUGAGAAGCAUUGCAGGCCGGACGUGCCGCGGUUGGCCGGCUGGUGGGGAAAUGAUGCAGGCGAGCGUUUCAAGAUGCUUGAGCAAUUUAGACCAAUCGAUAGCGCGCUCGGCUUUAGACAGUCCAACCCGAGUGUACUGGACGUUGUCUCGUUGAAGGCAUCUUUAGAAACUAUGCAUAAAUGUGGUGGUAUCGAAAAAUUACGAGCAAAAAGCAUACAGUUGACAAACUUUCUAGAGAGAUUGCUGCACGCGUCGCCAUACUACCGUGACAUCAGCGAGUCGAGCAGCACCACCGAUCCGCAUUUUAUCAUACUGACUCCAACUGACCCGAAUCAGAGAGGAGCGCAGCUGUCGCUACUGUUCAAGCCUGAAGAUGCAAUGGAAAAAGUUUUCAUGUACAUGAACUCACACGGCGUUAUCUGCGACGAAAGGCGGCCCAACGUCAUCAGAUUGGCUCCCGCACCUUCGUACAACACGUUUGCCGAUUGCGUCAGGUGCGUUACCCUGCUGAACAAAAGUUUUCAGGUCACUUAG